AUGUUCCACAACACGUUCCAAAGCGGAUUGCUCUCCGUUCUCUACAGCAUCGGCAGCAAACCGCUGCAGAUUUGGGAUACGCAGGUAAUUUGUGUAAAUUUAUGAAAACCACAGCAUUUUGGGUAAAGAAAUAAAUAAAAACUUUGUAUAGAAUACUGAGCGCAAAAAGUACUCUGAAUACAAAAGUUGACCAUUUAAUUGUUAAUUCAGGUCAAAAACGGCCAUGUGAAACGGAUAACGGACGAGGAAAUCCAGUCACUCGUUUUGGAGAUUAUGGGCAACAACAUUAGCACGGCGUUCAUCAGUUGUCCGGUGGAUCCGGAUAAGACCCUAGGCAUCAAACUGCCCUUCUUCGUGAUGGUCGUCAAGAACAUGAACAAGUACUUCUCGUUCGAAGUGCAAAUAAUCGAUGACAAGAAGAUUAAGCGGCGAUUUCGCGCGUCGAAUUAUCAAUCUUCGACGAGAGUUAAAGUAAUUCUGAUUGAAAUGAAACUGCGCCCUAUAGAACGUUUUCAGCCGUUCAUCUGCACAAUGCCAAUGAGAAUGGACGAGGGUUGGAAUCAAAUCCAGUUCAAUUUGAGCGAUUUCGUGAAGCGAGCAUACGGAACCAAUUACGUUGAGACGCUCAGAAUCCAAAUCCACGCGAACUGCCGCAUCCGUCGCGUGUACUUCGCCGACCGGCUCUACACGGAAGACGAGCUGCCCGCCGAGUUCAAGCUCUACCUUCCGAUCCGCGGACAGAUCUCCACGCAAUCUCCGGCGUUCGCGAUGACUUCCGAAUGA